CAAGCCGACGCUCUGUAUGUGAAGUUGAUAUUCUUUGAGUGAAUUGCGGAGUUUUAUUGCUAAUUCCAAUGCUGGUCUGUAGCCUGUGCAAGUCCUCAGAGCAGGACGAUGUCAACUACGGAGAGUUUCUGCGGAAGGGCCGCGUCUCGGUUCACUACUACUGUCUGCUCCUGACAACAAUCAUGGAGCAGAAUGGUGAGGAUGAUGAGGGCAUUCGUGGAUUCCUGGUGCCUGAUAUCUUGGAAUGUGCGGAGAAAUUUGUAAAUAAGAAAUGUACCUACUGCCGCGGUACCGGGGCCAACGUGGCCUGCUGCAAUAAAAAGUGCUUUCGAUUCUUUCACACCGUGUGUGGAGCAAAAAACAAUGCUCGGUAUAUAUUUUACAACACCUUCCAAUCCUUCUGUCACCGCCACAUUGAUUUGCCGGACGAUGCAGAGCCUCAUAACUCCGAGGAGAUCUGCACUAUCUGCAGUUGCAGCAUGGAACAGUAUCAUCCCUUGAGAUCCAUUCGGACGCCUUGUUGCUCGUCCGGGUGGUUUCACAGAACGUGUCUAGCGCAGUGCGCUCUCUCGGCCGGCUACUUCUUCAGGUGCCCUCUGUGCAACGAUGAAAAAGUCUUCAGGGAGUUUCUCAUCAACCGCAAUGUCUUUAUUCCUGACAGAGAUGCAUCUUGGGAAAUGGCACCUCGGGCAUUUUCCGAACUUGAGCGCAACGUUUCUUGCAGUGCUGAGAACUGUCGAUGCCCCACCGGUCGCUCCACAAAUGCCAGUCACUGGAAGAUGAGGAUUUGCAAAUUUUGCGGCUCCUGUGGGAUUCACAUGAAUUGUGAUAAAAACUACGUCCGUCGAAAGUACACGUGCUCAGAUUGCGAUCAAGUGCUCCAGACAAUUGACAAGCAAAAGGAUGAGCAGAUCUCCUCAGGCAACAAAGAAAGUCUUGCUCAAAGUGUACAAACUUCUGAGGGUGAAUCUUCAACACAAACAGAGACUACAGAAAUUCCGAGAAUUCUUUUGGAGAACUACGAUGAGAGACGAAUUUUGCGUUCGAGAGCAAAGUCUAUUUGCGCUCAGUCCACAGGACAGGAAUUGGCACAGGGAAAUUCGAUCAGAACAGAAAUUGAACCAAGAGAAUCUCUGAAGAGAGGAUUUGUUGAGCUCUCAAGCACCCAAAAUUUCGCUGCACCGUCAACACUGAGCACAGCUAAUGAGAAAUAUGCAGGGAAUUCAGGUGAAGAGAUGUCGGUUAAGAAGAAAAUGCGCUUAGAGAAUUCAUGUGAGAAUUCAGGGCAACUGGAUGAAAGGAAAUUGACACUCAGAAAACGUUCAUACUCAAUGUAUACGAAGAGAAGUACAGAUUUAAGCGAUCCUAUGCAAAAAGACUUUGAAAGAAGUCUCAGCAAGAUUGACAAUAAGCAAAAUUCGACGUGUAAUGAUGAGCCACUUAUGCCAUCGAGGUCAGAAUUAAAAUCCGAUAAUGCAAUAGCAAAGGGGCUCCAGAGUGCAACUACAUUUUCGUCCUCGAGCACAGUUACACUCAACUCCGUUUGCAGUGACAAGUCUCCGGACAGUACAAUUAAUGUAUCUAAUGUAGGGAUAACUAGACGUGUCAAGUAUGCAAGUGAGAGCCAUGCAUGUUCACAGCUACCGCAACUAAGUAAAUUAACGCUGAGGACACGCUCAUGCUCACACUAUGUGAAUAAGCGUUCGGAACUGCAAGAUUUUCGGCCAUUACAGCGUGUCAAGAGUCCCAAGAAGGGUCAAAGUGAUACAAAAGAGUUUGCAAAGUCUCCUCUUACAGACGUUAGUGAGAGACGAGUUCUGCGUUCGAGGACGAAAUCAGUUUAUGUUGAAUCUUCAGAGUUUCUCGAAUUGAUCCAGGAGAAUCCAACAAAGACCGAAUUAAAGUCUGACAAUGCCGGCGCCCAAAAGUCCAGAGACUAUGAAAAAUUUACAAACUCAAACGCCACAGCAUCGUCGAGCACAGUCAGUCUCAACUCACUUUGUAGUGAGAAUUUUCCUGAUAAUUUUGGUGAUUGGAUGAAUUUCAUAAACACACGUGUGAUUGUGAAAUAUGUAAAUGAGAGUCAAUCAAGGAGCCAAGUUUGUUCACCUCCACCAAGUUUGACGGACCAAUCCUGUCUUGUGUCGGUCACUCCUAAGAAAGGCGAAAAGAAUCCUGAAGACAACAACAAGCGGAACAGGCGAAAGACACUAAGUGGAGCAAUGUGUCAACCAAAACGAUCGCUGACGUCCCUGCACGAGGUGAGUCCCAAGAAGGGUGAAAAGAAACCUGAAGACAACAAGCGGAACAGGCGGAAGACACUGAGUGUACCAUCAGAAUUGACAAGGCGCCAAUCUGCGAGGCUUAAUAAGCAAGACGUUGAGCAAGAACAUUCACAUGUGGCGGAAGGACAGGAACUUGCACCAAGAUUACCGAUUCUCAAUAAUCGGAAUCGUCCCUGUCGCAAGGCAGCAAUCGACAGCCGAAUGCUCACACUGAAAAUGCAUAAGUUCUUCAAUAUUUUUGACGCCUAAAAGAUCACAAAAGUUCAUACCUCAG